AUGACAGCAGCCAUGGCACAGCCGACUGUUACAGUCAAGGAUCCCUCUGCAGUGCGAAAGCGCAGAAGACGUGCUCCUGCUGGUGGCGCUUCUGAUGACUGUUUCUCUUGCUCCAAGAAGAACAUCAAGUGUGACCGUAGACGGCCAUAUUGCUCCCAAUGUCUCGAAGUUGGCAGUGAAUGUUCCGGUUAUAAGACACAGCUUACUUGGGGAGUUGGUGUGGCUAGUCGAGGCAAGCUUCGAGGUCUCUCUUUGCCCAUUGCAAAGGCUCCUCCUGUUACUCGUGAGCCCAGAAAACAUUCAACUGCUUCUUCAAGAUCCAGCUCUUCCAUGGUUCACCACGGAACUGAGGAUGAGCACAGAAGAAUGCGCCAGGGUCCCAUUGACAUUCCUGCCGUGACACAAGUUGCUUCUGCUCCCACAACGCCUUUCGCUAUGGGUGGCUACGACUACCUCUCCAUCUCCCACCCUGAGCACGCAGCUCCUGUCCACCAAGGAAACUGGGGUGCCAUCAACUACUCCCCAGCACAAGAGACAAAUCACAACAUGCAUCGGUUUCCCGUGCCUCUUGUCACAGAAAACCUCUCGUCCUCUAUCGACCCCCUCACCCCAGACGUAGGCUAUGUAUCGCCCAUGAGCCAAUCUUACACCAGAGACGAUGUUUCCUACGUUCACAGCCCAUCUUACAUGUACGAUAGCUAUACCACGGGCACCAGUUCCCCGGGUCCUCAAAGCCCUCCUUCCUCUCUUUACGUCGAGCACGCAAGGACCUUUGCUCCCACCUCGUGUCCGAGUCUUGCCCACGCCCCAUCCGAGAUGAGCUCAAGCCUUCACUCUCAUACCGACACCUUUGAUUCGCAUCUUGGUAACAGGAUUGUUCGCGACUGUGAUUCAUUCGGCGUGCCUGAAGUCGAUACAUAUAGCACCAGCUACGGUUCUAUGCCCAUCUCCUGGCAUUCACCACCUUCGAUGCAAGAAGAAGACGUCAAAUCUCAUCACUCGGACUUUGCUCCCUCGGGCUGGCCCACCGCUUCCGAAAACCAAUCUGUUCAUGUGAGCCAGGACCUCAUCUCCAAGAUGCCCUUUUUCAUGGAUUACUACGAGAACAUCAUGUGCCCCUCAAUGGUCUUUAUCGACGGGCCACACAACCCCUUUCGAGACCAUAUUCUGCGACUAGCUGCAAACAGCCAGAGUCUGAGCCAUGCUAUUUGUGCUCUUGCAUCCUGCAAUCUCCGCAUGAAGAGGAAACUGAGUCUCGGACGUGAUACACGAGAACUUUCUGAGAAGUUGAUGGCUGACAAACAUGCCGCCGAAGCCAUGGCAGACACUCAGCCCGACGACUUGUCCCUCGCCGAGGAAUAUCAACACCGCAACCUGGCUGUGCACUUAUUAAACGAGCAGCUCAACGACCGGACCAAAGCUAUCCACGAUUCAGUACUCGCCACGAUCCUCCUACUGUGCCAUUAUCGCAUGGUCGAGUCCGGUAUCGCCAAGUUUCACACCCAGUUUGCUGGCGUCAACAAGAUCCUGACUCUUCGAGCUCAAUAUCUGGCGGCAUCGAGCAACUCCGCUUGGAUGGAAGCAAUUUUCACUUACUUUGACGCCAUUUCCGCGAGCAUCAACGAGCGCGAGGCUCAUGUCUAUCCAGGAUUCAACGGAAUGCCUGACAAUCAACUUCUACCUGUUGGAGCCGAAAACUUGGUGGGAUGCGACCGCGAGCUUUUCAAGACCAUCAGUAAGCUUGGUCGUCUCAACCAAUUGUCACAGAACCGCCCCGUACAAAACACAUCUGCCUCGACUCGAUCUCAGGAGCUGCCUCAGCGAUCUCCUUCUUUGUCCUACAUCUCUCCAUUGGGCCAUGCUCGCCGGGAGUCACUUACACGGUUUAGCGUGACGGAUGAACAAAUGGGAGACAUGAGCAGUCACAGCAUUAGCGGCAACCGAUUCAGUGCGACACUCAACAACGAUAUGGCUACACCCAAGAGCGCUCCUGCCCCAUCGUAUGAAGAGAACCGGUCACAGUUCUGGCAUGAGUGGAAGGAAGCACGCCUCGCUCUUCAAAACUGGAACUUUGAUGCGUCUCGCGUCAGUGCUUCGCUACCUGAACCUUGCUCACAAAGCCAACUACGAGAUCUGGAAUCACUGUCUGAGGCGUUCAGGUAUGCCGCGCUCCUGUAUACGGAGCGGCUCGUGAGCCCCUCGCUACCUUCAGGACACCAAAGCAUUCAGAGCCUUGUCAGUCAAGUUGUCUAUUACGCAACAAACCUGGACACUGGCAGUAGCGCCGAGAAGUUCCUGCUCUGGCCCCUUUUCGUGGCGGGCUGUGAGUGUGUCAACGAAUUACAGCAGAAUAUGGUGCGGUCCAAGUGUCGAGAUAUCAUGUUUCGUUCUGGUUACAUGAACAAUCUAGCGGCUCUCGAGGUACUGGAGAAGCUAUGGGCUCAAGAUUGGUCGGGAGAUGAGCCGUUGGUGUUGGGGGCCAGGACCGGGGAUCAACGCGGACCGUUCAACUGGACGAAGUGCAUCGGGGGACCCGGAGUGGAGGUGGAGUGGAUCAUGUUUUGA